AUGAGGCAUUUCCCGGUGAAGAGAAUGAUAGUCAUGGCUUCCAAGAUGAAGGAGAGGAUCAGCGAUGAAGUCGAAAGUAUGUUGGCGAGCGGCGACGGGAAGCGGCUCGUCAUGGCGGCCUUGAAGGAAAUUAAGAGAGAGCUCUCGACGCUGAUCGAUGUGCAGGCAAAGCAGAACAUGGUGAAGGAAGUAGCCAGAGAUGACCUUCAAACAAGGUUGUCCGUGUACAAGGAGCUUGCGAUUGCAAGCAUCACCAGGACACUCUCUGCACUCUACGUGACAGCGAUCGUUCAGUUGGUGAUCUACACGCAAGUGUUUCAGUUGCUGAGGUUGAAGAGAAUGGGAAAAGCUCCACAUGAAUUGGUUCAGAGGAAAUAUUUAUCCAUGAUGAAGUACUUUGCAAUAGCAUGCGGGCAAGUAAAUUUCCUGCAGAGUGUGGUGGAGAAGGUUGAGCGCGGAGUGACGCUGUAUUAUGAUCGGGUCAACCAUGGAGAGAUGUACGACGAAGAGAAAGUGGAGGAGAUGUUGAAAUUUGUGAGAAGAGAGACAGAAACUGAUGAGAACGAUUGGAUCAUCAUGCUCUUGCGAGAUCUGUCCAACUCCUACGUAGCGGAGUGUUUGAAUCCUGAUGACGCGGCGAACUCAGCUGAAGAGAUUAUGAUGGGCGUACGAAUGGAGAAUGGACUCAGCAAGCAGCUGGAAAAUUUGGCCGGAGAUUUCGAGGAGAUCCUUGAGAGCGAUGUGUUUGCAGAAACCUUGAUCACAGUGGAGGAGAAAUGCUUUCAGACGUUGGGCACUCAACUCAAGGAACGUGUAUUUCACAGCUCCACGGAGCUGGAGAGCGAACCAAGACAAGUGCAAAGUGUUCCGUUCUUGAGGAUUGUGCCCCCUUUCUCAAACAUGUUUGCUGAUGUGUUGAAUGCGCAAAUGGAUGUGCAGCUUCAGUAUGGCGACAUCGUCCUCAAAAGCCACGCGUGCAAGGAAUAUUUCGAGGCUAUUUAUCAUGCGGGUCGUCCCUAG